AUGAAGGCCCUUACCAUUUCGUUCAUCACGGCUCUCGUCUCAGGGCACGCCGUUCCAUUGGCUGAGAACCAACUUCAAAGCAGAGACUUCCAGCCUGUGACCCUAAUAUUUCAAGCUGCGGCUGCUUCAUACGAGCUGGACUUACUCGCAGAUGGACAGGAAUAUUUUACUCAUAGUGAUCUCAACGUGAACUUGAUCACUGCCCCAGAUUUCGAUGCUUACCGUCUCUGCACCUUCAAGACGAGCGAGGGGGCUACCCUCGCCCCGUCCCUAACACAACGUCCCGAAGACUUCUGGCCUAUCAAUCAGAUUGCAGUUGGCCCGCCUCAGAAGAUUAUAUCUGUCACUUGCAGUGGAACAUGUGUUGGUGUCUACGGAACCGGUUGA